AUAAGAGAAGAAGAAGAAGCAGGGUUCUACUACAGGGCGCAAACAGCUUUGGACGCAUCAUGCUUUCAGUUCGCCUCGUAGCGGCCCUUGUCCGCAACCUGCCUCGAAGGGCUGGAUAUGUUUCCAAGCAUGUUGCUGCAGCGUGUGUCGGAGUCAAAAAUCUGCACACUACUCAUCUGCAGUUCCAGAAAAUGGGCACAGCCGAGGUGUCAUCCAUUCUGGAGGAGAAGAUCUUGGGAGCUGAUACCAGCGCUGACUUAGAGGAGACUGGUCGCGUCUUGUCCAUUGGUGACGGUAUCGCCAGAGUGUACGGUCUGAGGAAUGUGCAGGCUGAGGAGAUGGUGGAGUUCUCCUCGGGUUUGAAGGGUAUGUCACUGAACUUGGAGCCGGACAAUGUUGGUGUCGUGGUGUUUGGUAAUGACAAGCUGAUCAAAGAGGGAGACAUCGUCAAAAGAACAGGUGCUAUUGUCGAUGUGCCUGUCGGUGAAGAGCUUCUGGGCAGAGUUGUUGAUGCUCUGGGAAAUGCCAUUGAUGGAAAGGGUCCUCUUGGCUCCAAGACCCGCAGGCGUGUGGGUCUGAAGGCCCCUGGUAUCAUCCCCCGCAUCUCCGUGAGGGAACCAAUGCAGACUGGCAUCAAAGCCGUGGACAGCUUGGUGCCCAUCGGUCGUGGACAGCGUGAGCUCAUCAUUGGGGACCGGCAGACUGGCAAAACUGCAAUUGCCAUCGACACGAUCAUCAACCAGAAACGCUUCAAUGAUGGAACUGAUGAGAAGAAGAAGCUGUACUGCAUCUAUGUCGCCAUCGGCCAGAAGAGAUCCACAGUGGCCCAGCUGGUGAAGAGGCUGACUGAUGCCGAUGCCAUGAAGUACACCAUCGUAGUGUCUGCCACGGCCUCCGAUGCUGCUCCGCUGCAGUACCUGGCUCCUUACUCCGGCUGCUCCAUGGGGGAGUACUUCAGAGACAACGGCAAGCACGCCCUCAUCAUCUACGACGAUCUCUCCAAGCAGGCCGUCGCCUACCGCCAGAUGUCCCUGCUGCUCCGUCGUCCUCCCGGACGUGAGGCUUACCCAGGAGAUGUCUUCUACUUGCAUUCCCGCUUGCUGGAAAGAGCUGCUAAGAUGAAUGACAACUUUGGUGGUGGCUCCCUCACAGCCCUGCCCGUUAUUGAGACGCAGGCUGGUGACGUGUCAGCCUACAUUCCAACUAAUGUCAUCUCCAUCACAGACGGACAGAUCUUCUUGGAGACGGAGCUGUUCUACAAGGGCAUUCGUCCUGCCAUCAACGUGGGUCUGUCUGUGUCACGUGUCGGAUCCGCUGCUCAGACCAGGGCCAUGAAGCAGGUGGCUGGUACCAUGAAGCUGGAGCUGGCCCAGUACCGUGAGGUGGCUGCCUUCGCUCAGUUUGGUUCAGAUUUGGACGCUGCCACGCAGCAGCUGCUGAACCGUGGGGUUCGCCUGACCGAGCUGCUGAAACAGGGGCAGUACUCUCCGAUGGCUAUUGAAGAACAGGUAGCAGUCAUUUAUGCUGGUGUGAGGGGACAUUUGGACAAAAUGGAGCCGAGCAAGAUCACAAAGUUUGAGAAGGCAUUCCUGCAGCACAUACUGAGUCAGCAGCAAGACCUGCUGGCAGCUAUUAGGGCUGAUGGUAAAAUCUCUGAAGCAUCUGACGCUAAGCUGAAGCAGAUUGUGUUGAAUUUCCUCUCCAGCUUUGAGUAAAGUUGUACAUUUUGGUUUAAGUUGUAGUUUGUUUGCAUUGUGUGGCAUCAGUCAAAAUGUCUCUGAACUUGGAAAAAUAUAUAAAAGAGGCACUUGGAUCUUUAAUGUACAGAUAUCUCUUACUAGAGAAUAAAAGUGUUCCAACUAA